AUGGCAGCCACGCUUCCGCGCACCUCCGACUCCGACUGGACCGACUCCGACUCGAACUCCAUCCAAUUCGCGUAUAAAUUGGCCCCUAGCUCCAGCGCCCGCCGCCGCAUACACCUCGCCUCCUCCUCCUCACACCGACUCAAGACGACGGUGAUGGCGCCCGUCCCCUUCCUCCCGCAGGACAGCGAGCUCCUCGACUGCCUCCUCCGUCCCAAGAUCGCCGGCGCCCACAUCGACUCCCGCUUCACGGAGCUCGUGGGCUACGUCGACGACGUCUACGCCCUCCCGCCGGACCAGCUGGCGGCGCGGCACGAGGGCGCGCCCGGCGAAGGCGGCGGCAGGGUGUGGUACUUCUUCGCCCCGCUCGGGACUGCGCGCGGAAGGACGGUCGGCGGCGACGGCGGCAAGCGGUGGUGCUCGGUGGGUUCCAGGAAGAAGGUGGAGGGAGGCGCCGGCGCCGGCGGCGGGUACUGCCAGAAGCUGAGGUACACGGAGAAGACGGCAUCGGGCGUCGUCGCGCCGGGGUGGAUGAUGGCCCAGUACAGCGUCGCCCAGGAAAACGGCGGCGAGGGCGGCGCCGAGCUCUUGCUCUGCAAGAUCUUCCGCGCCCCUCGCGCGGCUCGCGCGGAGCCGGGGUCACCGUCUUCCUGCAAGUCGGUCUCGGCCUCCCCGUCCGCGUCCUGCUCCGGCACCGGCUCCGGCGGCCGCAAGAGGAAGGCGGAGGGAGAUCACCUCGAGGCCUCCACCACCCUCGACGCGCGCGCAGCCCUUCCCGCCAAAAGCAGAAGCACUCAAGCCGGAAGGGGCCAGCACCGAUGA